AUGGGAUUAUGGAACAAUGCUCCUCCUGAGCCCCGCACGCGUGCUGGAAACUGGCCGACUCUGCUCUUCAGCUGGUGGUGUACUGCUUUUGCCGUCGUCAUCAUCCUCACGCGGCUGGGAGGAAGAAAGGUCCGGAGUGGACGUCUGUUCCAAGAGGACAAAGUCAUGGCUCUGAGUCUGAUACCGCUGCUCGCGCGCAUGGGGCUGGUUCAUGUUAUCCUUAUGUACGGCACCAACAAUGUCCAAGGUGCAAAUCUCACGCCUUACGAAAUAUACCUUCGCCAAAUAGGCUCCAAACUGGUCCUCGCAGCGCGCAUCAACUAUGCUCUAUUCAUCUGGAUCAGCAAGUUUACUGUCUCGGAGUUCCUCAAGCGCAUUACGAGUGCCAUCUGGAGACGGAGCUACGAGAUCACCCUCCAUUGUAUACGCGUCUUUCUGGUCGCAACCUUUAUCGCAGUAGUAAUAGCCACCCUUGCCGAAUGUCAACCUUUCGAUCACUAUUGGCAGGUCGUACCCGAUCCAGGCCCUCAGUGCCGACAAGGAUACGCACAGCUCAUCACCAUGGGUACCGCCGAUAUCAUCACAGACAUUCUACUCGUCGCCUUCCCCAUCCCUAUCGUCUUACGCUCGCAAAUCCCACUCAAGCGCAAACUCUCUCUCGUCUGUCUAUUCAGUUUCUCCGUCGCCCUCAUCGUCAUCACAGGCUUGCGCAUGCCCAAUGUCAUCAACCACCAUGGACGCCAACAAUACCGUACCGUCUGGGCAUCUGCCGAAAUCCUUGCCUCGGCCGCCGUCUCCAACGCUAUAAUCUUGGGCACCUUCGUCAAGGAUCGGGGAGUCAAAAAGAACAAAUACAGAGCCGGUGCCACCUUGGACACAAUAUCACGCGCCGACACUCGUCGUGCCACUAUUGAAUCCAUACAUCGCGACAGCGAGGAGGCUCUGUUCAGGGAGAUGGGCGUUCGCAUGCCUGAAGAGCUCUGUGGACCCAAGACCCACGUACCCCGACCUGCGCCAGUUGCC